UUCCUCUGCAAGUGUCGGUUCACAUCGGCUUUCUUUUUCUGUCGAUCAAGGUGUACGCGAUCGCGUGGAAUGAUAGACGCGUAACGAGUCAAUAAACGUGAACUUUGAACAUGGAUCUAGUAACGCGACCGCCUCGGAUCUCUGAAAUCAAAGUGAAGUUCAAUGCCAAAGAAGAAUACGGACGUCUGUCACCUGUUGGCCACGGUACUCGUGUCUACAACGUGGAGUCGGUCGAAAUGCCCAGAUCACUGACGAGCGACUCGGAUAUCGUUUCCUCCACACGCUCACUAGUCAACAAAUAUCAGCCAGACCUGAUCGAGAAUCUCCGCGUUGUGUAUUACUCGUAUGACUACGAAGGCUCUGAAACUUCGAGGAUACGAGAGUCCGUAGGCUUGCCCAUAAAAAUAGUGAACGAGAUGGUCGCUGGACGUGUCCUCCGGGAUCACCUUAUAGAACGACUGCAAAAUAUGAUGACACUUCGGCCUCGCCUGUUCAUGUCUGCGUGGUUGCAGAUCGUUAAAUGUCACUACUUCAUCUGGGAGUGUGGUGUGCAACAUUCCGAUAUCAGCGAAGGAAAUGUCAUGUAUCGCUCCAAAGGCAAUGGCAUAUAUGGCGUUUUGAAUGACUGGGAUCUUGCCACAAUACGGGACAGAAAAGAUCAUGGUGGUCUCGAACGGACGGGAAGUAUGCCAUUCAUGUCCUUGCACCUACUCACCGAGGAAUACUGGAAUGGAGCUAUCAAGCGACUCUACCGACAUGAGUUGGAGUCUCUUAUCUGGCUUCUGCCUUGGGUCGCCCUGAAUUACUCCUCAGGCAAAUAUAGACUUAAUAAUAAGGUCAAGUACUGGAUCACCGGGAAUUACACUCUUUGUCGCGAAGACAAGGGUGAUUUCCUUUCAUUCCUCUGCGAAUUCUGCACCGAGGGGUUAUGGCAGGACAUGAGACCGAUUAUUGGGAAACCCCUGAGUUGGCUGGUACGCUUUCGUGCGAACCAUAACUUAACGUUAGUAGACAAUCCAGGGGGAUGGAUCGAACCAGAUAACCAGAGUCUCUACCAUGAGAUCAUGGACAUGGUUGUCGCAGUCAUGGCGAGGUUCCCCGAUAUCUCAGUACCAGCUCCUCGAGAAGAUAUUCCGGUGGAUUACAGACGUCCCCCGACCCCGCCCCUGCUCGCGAUGAUCUCGCUGCCCGGGUUGUGGAGAGUAGCCGGAGGGCUUUCGAAACCACAGACAUAUUUGAUGAGGAUACAUGUGACGAUUCGCAAACAGAUGACCCCCGACCCCCCUUUGAACAGGGAUCCCCUCGUAUGUCCCGAUGUCUGUACACUGAGGGAGGAUCAGGGAUGCCGAUUGCUACAUUGAUGAACGCAAUAUCAAGAGUACGCAUGCAGAAUCCAAUGUACGAACCCGCUGCGUGGUUGAAUCCGGAGACGAGCUCAACUUAGUAUUUCAAGAUAUUGGCUUCCCGUAGUAUGCAGGCUUGUAUCGGUUUCUAACUUGUUAGAGAGGAUAUAUAUUGUAUUUCUCUGUAUACGAACGAUUGUCUUUCUGGAGUAUCUAGAGGCUGGAAGCGCCUGCUGUGUUUCCAC